ACAAAUUUAACAGUAUUUUAUUGGUUUUAUUUUCAACAAAACACAAAUUGAAAGCAGAGCGAGACUGAUUCUGCUCACUGUCCAUUUAUUACCUGUGUCAAUGUAAACUUUAGUUUUGUUUUCAAUCUACCUUAAAAUUUACCAAAAAUGUUUUUUUCCAAAGAUUUUGGGUGAAAAUCAGGGGUGUGUAUUAUAUAAGGGUGUGCAUUUUACAUGCUUACCUACGGUAGUAUGGUAAAAGUUUCAAAACCAUGAGUGUUUGAUUUGUUUGUUUGUUUUAGGUUACGCCGUUUUUCGACAGUAUUUCAGUCAUGUAACGGCGAGCAGUUAACCUAACCAGUGUUCCUGGAUUCUGUACCAGUACAAACCUGUUCUCCGCAAGUAACUGCCAACUUCCCCACAUGAAUUAUCAGAGGUAUAGGACGAAUGAUAUCAGACAAUGAGUGUUUGAAUCAGAUGGUUUCUAGUGCAGUAACAUCAGCACGUAUUGACCUUAGGACUGCUUAAUAUUUACCUAAAAUGGACAUAUUCGUACAGAUAUUUCAUGUACUGUAAAAGUUUGUAAUGUAGUACAGAAAUAUGUUUCAGAUAUCUUUAAAUUAUUUUAAGUUUUCAUAAAAUACAAGUAUCAUCAUAAAUUUUAAUUCGUGUUUUCAUGCUGUAUUUUGAGAUAUCAAAAUUUAAUAGUAUAUCAUACAAGGAACUCAAGGAUAUCACAAAGUCACAAAAUGAAUAUAGGCAGUAAUAUUUAUCAAGUACCCCACUGCCUCUAUACCCCCUUCCCCCCACCCUGAUCCUUCCCACCACCCUGAUCCAUCCCACAAACAUGUGAAAACAAAGUAUAAAAGCCACAAAAAAAAAAUUUAUACAUUAUUUAGUAAUUUACUACACAGAUACCUAGUAUUUUCGCUGGUAUUUAUUUCGCAUUGCUUCACUGCAGACGGCUUUUAGACUGGUAUAGUCUAUUGAUUACAGCCUGUUAUUGUAUCUCAGCUGUUAUGGUUUGGGCAAUAGUGUGGUGGUGGUAUAACAGGGAAAUAAAUAGGGGCUUUAAACUCCUUAAAAACAGGAAUAAGGCUCAUGACAACUCUAGGAUAAGAUUGUGUAUAAUUUGCUGUGUUUGGAUCUUAACAAAUAUUCAGAGAAUUAAAGAAUUUACCAGUGUUUAAGUGUUAAAAUUAUCUUUGAAGAAGUGAAGUGAAUAAAGUGGUAUUACUGUGGAGUUACCAGAAGACAGUGACCUUGUUAACCAAACGGUGUAGUUGACCGGUCAGUGAGAUUUUUAUCCUGUCUUAGGGAAUAUUUUUAUUAAAUAAGUGCCUAAAUGAGCGCCGAAGACGUGACCAAGAGAAUUACUAUUUUGAGGAGCUUGCGGAGAUUAUUACAGCAAGCCUAACGGACAUGUCGAGUACAUUCUCUGUGAAACCUGAGAAGUGUGCAAUCCUUCAGGAGACUGUCAAACAAAUUAAGCAAAUCAAACAAGGAAAUUCUGGGGGCGGGGACUCGGCAGUACAACAGAGUCAAGUGUCGUCAAGUAAACCUGCCAUCUUAGCAGACGACAUUUUGGGUCCUUUACUCUUAGAGGCACUGGAUGGCUUCUUAUUUGUUGUGAAUUCACAGGGAAAAGUUGAAUUUGUGUCAGAAAACGUUUCUCAGUUUAUAAAAUAUACACAGGAUGAUUUAAUUGGCAAAAGUGUCUACAACAUCAUCCAUGUAGGGGACCAUGCACAGUUUAGCAACAACCUCCUGCCUAUGUCAGUCAGUAGUGGUAUAGGAGGAAUAAGUUGGCCCUCAGACAAUCUUGUUGGUAAAGGUCGUGUGUUCAGUUGUCGCUUGCUCAUUAAGCCUUCAUGUAAUGAUAACGAUGAUUUGGAAACAAAACAGACCUAUGUUCAUCAGUACAAAAGCUUGCAGAUUUCAUCCAUACUUCAUCCAUCUGAUACCUUCACGGAAAACUCGGACAGUAAUGACACGACCUCCAGUCUAGUGUGUAUUGCACGUAGACUUCCUCUUGCAGAGAAGACUAAUACAAUGCUUGGAGUUGAACAAUUUACUACAAAGCAGGAUUUAAAUGGAAAAAUAAUUGGCUGCGAUAUCAGUGGAAUAGCACCAGGACGAUUUAGCUGCCCAGAUUUUGUUGGUCAGAAUAUACAAGAGUUUUGUCAUACAAAUGAUUUACAACAAUUGUCCAAACAUUUACAAGAAGCUGUUAAAAAUGGAAGUAAUACAAGUGGUGUAUACCGUUUUAAAAUGCAAGAGAGUCGCUAUGCCUUUGUUCAAACUAAAAGCAAAUUGUUCCAGAAUCCAAUCAAUGGAUCAUCAGAAUUUAUCAUGUCAACUCAUUCUAUUAUCAGGGAAUGUGAUUCUGACAAUGAACUUAAAGGUUCUGCUUCCACAAGUCUUAUGAAAUCAAUCAUUGGACCUAGCUUACAGCAAACACUUCAAAAGGCACAGACUCCUGUAUCUAACGUAAACACAUCAAUGGCCAGCAUGGCACUCGUAGGAAAUAAAGUGAUGCCCAGUAUGAAUUCUGGGAGUUUGUACGGAGUUAAUGAUAACAGUAGUGAUGACUUUUUCAGCCAGCUCGGCUGGGAUGGAAAUUUAUCAGACUCUUCAGUGAGCAGUACAGGAAAUUCAUUCAUGAACACGACUUACCAAAGUGUUGCGAACAGCUCUACCUCAGCCUUUUCAAAUUCAUGGAAUUCACAGUUGAAGUUGUCGCAAGUGCAGCAACAAUUACAGCGUAGUUUUUCAACGUCAUCUCAAAGAAACCAGGUUGCGAACAGUAACAAUAUGACUGGAGCAGGAAACAAGAGGCCAAGUGUCCUCCUAGGGCAACUCGGCCAGAGAAGCACAAGUCUAGACCUUGGCCAGAUGCAAAGUCAGGGACAGGUUCUUCAGCCUCAGAAGAGCCCAAGUUAUGCCCAGAAUAGAAAUGGUGGAUUCCAGAUUCCAUCACAGCGUAAUGUUAUGGGAUAUAGUAGGAGGAGUCCGGCCGCAUCUCCUGUACCCAGUAUGGGACAGGGAAAUUUUAAUACACCAUUUUCACCACGUACACCAUCACCAAUGCUGUCUCCUUCACCAGGCAUGCCUCAGCCAGGAUGGGGGAACCAGCCAAUGACAAGUAAUGCUUCACAAUCUGGGCAUCAGCUGUAUGAUGACCAAUCAUCAUACACACAUGAACGACUUUUUCAGCGUCUAACAGGGCUAGAGGGUUUAACAGGUGACAAAAAAGUAAAACGCUCAGGAAAACUGUGUCAGUUGCUCACACAAAACAGUCCACCAUCAAGUUCCAGGAAGUCGGAGCCAGGAACGCCAAAGGGCGGAAGAAGUAGGCAUAACAGUCGACAAGGGUAUAUGGAAAUGUCACCCGCUGACAGUAUACAGUCACCUCAGCCUGGUCCCGGUCAGAGUCCACCAGAAAAGCCACAAAGCACGUCAAAUGAUGACGGAGAACAUGUGGUCCAUACGGAACACAAAGACUCGAAUCGUUUACUAAAAUCGUUAUUAAGUCAAGAUGAUGACACGGAAGAUGAACAGGUAAAGGAAGAAAACUCUGCUGCAAAAAGGGAGCAGACGGCAGAGGCUCAGGCUGUGCCACAGAAAUCAGUUAGUUCAAUGGAAAUGGAGAAGAAUGAAGCGGAGGCAAAGAAACCAAAUAAUAUUCUUUUAAAGCAACUUUUGAGUACAGACGAGAGAUCUGUAGCGAAAGAAUCAACAUCAGAUAGCAAGAAGAGCAUUAUACAUAAGCUGUUAGAUGAUGACAGUAAAAAUAACUGUAGAUCUGCACCAGCAGAAAGUACAAGUAUAGACUCAGAGCUUGCACGUCAGAGGCAUCAGUCAGGCCCACAGGAGCCCCAGUCUACUACAACUCAUUCACUACCAAUGCCUCCACUUUCUUCACCCCUCACAUCACCUGUGACCCCAAAUUUUGACCAGUCACAGAGAAGCAGUGUAGAUACCUCACUUUUGAAAGGAUUAUUCAGUUCUAGUUCUAGCUUGAGCCUCAAUCAGGUUACGAAUACAAACUCGAGUGCCUUUGCCUCAACGAGUGGUUCAGUUGACACUCAGUCGACAGACAUGCGAGAAGAUGGAUUUGCAGCAGCGCGUGAGAAAAAAAUUGACAAAUUAUUGCAUUUAUUAUGGGAAGAUAAUUCAGACGAUGGGGUUCGGGAAACAAUGCGAGAAAAAAUUCAGAAUUUGAAACGCAAGGCAGAUAUGUUGGAAGGUGGGGAUACAGAACAAAGUAGUGCAUUUUCUGGAGAAUUGACUUCCUCUCAAGCAUCGAGACUUACGAAAGAAAAUGCAUUGUUGACUCAGCUUUUGUCGAAAAAAGCUAACAAUGAUAUUGUUGUGAAUACAUUAAGUACUAUUCAGCCAUCAGGAAUUCCGCAGCAGAGAAUACCCCAAAACUUGGCAUCAAAACUUUUAAAAGUGAACCCAUCCUCAUUUAACACGACAAAUAGUGGGAAUGAAGCAAAACGGGCACGGACAGAUAGUGGGAACAAUAACCAGUUGUCAACAUUGGAACGUGCUUUGAGCGCACCAAAGCAAGACAUAAAUCCUAUUUCGUCAACUCAGCCAUUUGAUGCCUUGAUGGAAAUUGGGCAAAAUUCAAAUUCGGGAAUCAGUAAUAUUAGUGAUAGUAGUGUUACCUCUCAGUUCAACAAUCAGUUAAGUGAAUUACAUCAGAUUUUACAAUCAACUAUAAGUGAUACGGGGAAUAAUUCAACUAAUGUCACAGAAGUGAAUUUAGACGAUAAUACUGACCCAUUACUCGCUCAGAUUUUACAACAGGCUCAAGACCUUCAGCAGGAUAUUACAUUGGGAUCUUUCCCUGGUUCUAAUCAAAAUGUGCCACAAAGUUUAUCACUAGAUUCAGGGCCAGUUAACAAUAGUGCUCAAUCAAUGUUAAACCAUCCAAGUUUGAAUAAUAAUUCUUACCAGAAAAACAAUACAAACACAGACAUUUUGCAGCAGUUGGAGCAGGCACUUAAUGACUCUAACUUCAAUCUGGAUUCAUUGUUAGGCAACAGUAACGUAUCUAGUAUGGAUGAGCAGGUUGCGAUUGACGCUAUUCAGAAGCAGUUAAUGAUGGACAUGCCUGGUCUGUCUACAGGGGUGUCGGCAUCUAAUGCACAGACACCCACUGUAGAUAGUGGACGGGUCCAGAAUCGCUUUGCUCAGAAUAUACCUGUACCAAACCCUGCUGCUGGCUCCCAAAUUCAGCAAAAUAUGUUGGGAAACCAGUUGCCUGAGAGAAAUCAAGGUGCUCCUGGCAUGUUUCAAAGCAUUGGGUCUCUACGUCAAGGAGUUGGUGGACCGGGUAGGCCAUUACAACAGCUGCCGGGGUAUAACCAAGCUACUGCAGCUGGACAAAAUUACCCCGGUCAGGGUCCAAGGCUUCCUCACCCUCAAGGUGCCUUACAAUCGCCAACACAACAACAGAGGCCGAUGUUUGCCAACUCCAACCCAAACUCUACUGCCAUGCAGGUACGACAAUCAUUACUUCAGCAACAGAAGUUGAAACAGAUGCGAGAACGUAAUAAACAUGUACAGCAACAACAAGAUAGACAGAAGUUGCUGAUGCAACAACAGCAGCGUUCACAGUUCAGCCCACAGUAUUCAGGUCAAAGGGGGCCACAGGACAAUCUAUCUUUAGGAGGAAACAAUGUUAUACCACAGUUCCCAGAGAAUCUUGCAGAGCUCAUGAAUAGUGCGACGGCACCAAAUGUGACCCUACAACGGAACCAAAUACCUGGUCCGAUGUCGCCUCGGUACCAGACGUUACAGGGCCAACCACCACAGAGUCCUAACAUGGGUUCCAUGAUGCCACCUAACCCACAGUUGUCUCCAAAUUUCAGUCAAACACAACAACAACAACAACAACAACAGUGGAAUAUAAGACAGGGACAGACAAGUCUGGCAAUAUCCCCACAGGGAACUGCACAGUACAGUAACAGACACCGAUCCCUGUCUGGCGGUACUCUGCAGGCAUCACCUCCACAACGGUUCCCGUUUAAUGAUGGCCAGUAUAGUGGGAACCAGCAGUUAGGAAAUCUCUACUCCCAGCAACAACAACAGUUGUAUCAGCAAAACAGAGGUGGACAACUACAGAGACAACUAAGUCGUGGAGGUUCACCUAGAGCAUCACAGAGUCCUUUUGGUCCAAACUCUGAUCCUUUACUAAUAUCACCUCAUAAUGUAUCUCCAAAUUCGAUGAGAGGUCCACAGCAGGUGAGCCCCUCCUACAGUCAAGGAGGAAUGGGCACAGCAUUUGGACAGGGCAGUAUGACAUCCCAGCCGAGUUCUCUGCCAUCGCCUCAGUACUCCCAGAAUCAAGGUCAAGGUCAGAUGGGGCUGAAUGCUCAUAACAUGGACAUAGACCUGAAUAGUUUGUUUGAUAGUAGUAAAAAGCCAUUAGAUGUGCCAUUGAGUGUUAACACACCAGGUCCGUCCAAGACAAUCAAGGAAGAAUUGCGCAACUUUUGUAAUGCGAGAUCUCAAAACAGUCUUCAAGGUCAAAGUUCGCUCCAAAACAGUCUUCAGGGCCAAAGUUCCCUCCAAAACAGUCUUCAAGGUCAAAGUUCACUCCAAAAUAGCCUUCAGGGUCAAAGUUCAUUACAAAAUCAAAACUUCUUGCAAAAUCAGACUGCCAUGCAGGGUCAUAAUUCCCUUCAAAGUCAAGUGAUGGCUGCCCAACAGUCUCAGCAGUUCAUGUCACCGACUCAUCAUCAACAGCCGCAGCAGCAACAGCAGCAGCAACAGCCACCACAACAUCAGCAGUCUGUCGAGCAUGAUGCAAUGUCUGAGUUACCCUUUGAUAUUCUAGAACAAAUAAAUGAGAUGUCGCAGGAUCACGGGAUCAAUCUACCUGAGUAUAAAGAGGAGGUGAUUGUGCCAAAGAAACGUGAAGAAGCUAAAAGUAGAUAUGUGAAAUUUCAGCAGCUUGCCAAUUCAGAAGAUCCAGAUAGCAAAGCUACAAAUUUAUUCCGUAAGCAGUUAACAUCACAAGGUAAAGGAAGACCGACUUCAGCCUCCGCUGAUACAAGUGCGCCUGCCUAUACGGAACCUCAGUCAUCAGUGAAUAUAGUACAGAAUAAACCCAGGACUCCGAUAGAAGAAAUCAAGCCAGCCAAUCAGAAGGACAGUUUGUUACAGCAGUUACUAUCAGAUUGAUGAUGGCUUAUUGCUUAGUGAUGUAAAUAAUCUUUUUACACUUUCUUCGUUCAUCAAAAGUGGAAUUGAAUUCCAUUUCAGAGAAGAGUUAAUAUUUUAUUGCUGUUACAGUAGAAGUUGAUAAGGGAAGGUAAUUGGUUCCUCAGUUCAAAAGGAAGUUAGUAUUCUACAACUUUUACUCUUUGCUUAUGAAGAGGGAGUUAACUCUUGUGCCUCAUUUUAAGAAUGAAGUGUACUCUUCAAAGGAGGUACUGAAGCUCUUUACAGAGAGGAACAUUCAACAGACUCUUCAACAGAGAAGUCACAUACAGUGCUCAAUUGGAAUAUCUCGGGUAUAUUGCUGGACUACAAAGUGUGUAGACAAAGGCAAUAAGUGUUUACAAAAGUAUUAGAUAUUGUUAAAAUAUGUGCUAAAUUAUGAAAUACUAGUGUGAAGUCAGGGAAUGAUUGUUUGUCUUCAAAAAACUGUUAUAAAUGAAGUUACGGGGACAUUAGUGAUAGAACUGGAAUGUGAUUUAGACAAAAUGCUCGAUGAUUUUUUCUGUUAAAAGCAACUUUUUUAUUGCUACAAGUGCUUUUCAAACAGCUGUGAUAUUUCGGAAAAGAACUAAUGGAUCAGUUGCUAUGGCAACACCAUUGAAUGGAUGUGAAGUAAAGACGUCUGGGAAUAAUUUCUGAUAAUGUACGGGUUUUUAACAACAAAAUCUUUUAAAGAUUAUGACUACAGUAAAUAAACUGUAGAAAACAGAAGCUUCAACUUCAAAGUAGACUGGAGCUAACCUUCUUGUGAAACAUUUGAAUUUAAAUCGCUGUGCCACAAUUCUGAUUAUUGUUUAUUUUUAAGUAUAUUUUGAUCUCAGAUAUGUAUCUUUACACAGAAAAAAAUGAUCUCUCCGUGAGAGUCAACAUUUUUUUUGUGUGUGACAAAAUUUCUCACAUUUGAUUUAAAGUGACUUCAAGUAUA